UCCAAUCAAAUAUUAUCAACUGAAGAAAUAUUCAAUCAAAUAGAAUCUACUGACGAAAUAUUCAAUCAAAUAUUAACUACUGAUGAAAUAUCCAAUCAGAUAUUAUCAACUGAAGAAAUAUUCAAUCAAAUAGUGAUUACUGACGAAAUAUCCAAUCAAAUAUUAUCGACUGAAGAAAUAUUCAAUCAAAUAGUAACUACUGACGAAAUAUCCAAUCAAAUAGUAACUACUGACGAAAUAUCCAAUCAAAUAUUAUCAACUGAAGAAAUAUCCAAUCAAACAGUAACUACUGACGAAAUAUUCAAUCAAAUAGUAACUACUGACGAAAUUUUCAAUCAAAGAGUAACUACUGACGAAAUAUUCAAUCAAAUAUUAUCUACUGACGAAAUAUUCAAUCAAAUAGUAACUACUGACGAAAUAUCCAAUCAAAUAGUAACUACUGAUGAAAUAUUCAAUCAAAUAGUAACUACUGAUGAAAUAUCCAAUCAAAUA